AUGGAUAUUCUUGGCACACUCCUAGCCCCUAUUGGAAGCAAAGAAGAUCAUCACUCAGUAGUACCCCCAUUAGCAGAGAAGUCUUCUCCUGUACCAUCAUACCUUACUCCUACUGCAGCGUCAUCCAGUAGAAGUGUAGUAGCUCCCACACCUCGCACAUUGCCACUCCAGUUAAGCACCAAACCCUUUCCAAGUGAAUCAACAGACACCAGUCCUACAGUCAGACCUAGUUUCUUCUCAGGAAUCUUUGAUUCACCAGAACCAGUCAAUCCACCAGCCCCAGCAGAGGAACAACAACCAGCACCUGUUCCAACAGAACCCAAACCAGAACCACCCAGAUCUCCAGUCAAUCCCAACCCAGAAGAAGGACCUGCUGAUCAACACCCAAACAACCCAGAAGACGGUGAUCCCGAACCCAGCAAUCAGAAAGAAGAAGGAGACAUGUUGGACAACAACAAUGGAACAGCAAACAAACCUAACCAAUUUGAAGGAGACAAGGGAAAGAGCAAAGAAUUCCUGGACAAAUUAUACCUAUACUUUGCCAGAAACACCAAGAAGAUCCAGGCUGACAAAGAUAAGGUUCAAUGUGCUCUCUCAUAUAUCAAAGGACCUGCCCAAUUCUUUGUCCACACCAUCAUCACUGAUGCAGAAGAACACAUAUCAGAUGCUGAAGACACGCCCCCCACAGGAUUGCCUAGCUGGGCUAACUUCAGAAAGUCCUUCAUCCAGACCUUCAGAGUCAAGGACAACACUGUUAAGGGACCUAACAACUGA